GGACGCUGUGCAGAUGAAACGCUUGAUGGGAAGUAAAAAGGGUUAGACGAGUGACUGUUCGAGGGCCUGAUGCACCGGCGAGGAGGGGGCCUGAAGGACUGCCCACAGGAACGAGUGGAAAUAAAGCCUCAACAUGUGUUUCUGUCACGUUCUGGACCUGUUAGACCAGGCCUGAUGACGGAGAGGAGUUGAAAUCGAUGCUGAUACGAACAGGACCGUUUGUCAUGUGAGUCACGACUCCUGUGGCGGAGAGAAGCCACGCUCGGGAGAACGUAGCGUUCGCGUACAUUGACGUUCCAGCGACCUUGCAAGUGAAAAAAAGAGGCAGCUUAGGAAUUAAUUGUCGGAGGGGCAGGGACAUGGAGGACAACUAGACGCUUCAUCUCAUCCUCAUCAGGCAUAAGGCAAGUCGCGAAGUUUUUCGAGAAGUGGAUUUCGCCGUUCAGAGAACCAGCUGAGGCUCUGCUUUUUUCAACGUGAAGCUUCCUGUUGGAUUUUGGUCGAAAAGCCAUGUGGCAUUGAUAGAUGAGCGAAAAACAUCUUCAAGAAGAACUGAUAUAUAUAUACACGCUGCGUUCUUCAGACAACUUUUUGGGCCUUUGUUAUCGUGGGACAUUUUGAAGAUACUAAAUCGCCUCAUCGUUUAAUCUCAAGAACAUCCUGUUUUCUGAGUCAGCGUAUUAUUUUUCUUCUUCCCAAUCUGCUUGUCUUCAGCUUCUUAUUUAGUUUUAGAUAUGUUAUGAAAGGAACAUUUGUCUACCUGGGAGGGUGUUAAAAGCUUCGAUCUCAGCCGUGGCCCUCAUCGUUGGGGAAUGGGGUAACAGAGAUGGUGGUCACUCAGUUAGAGCUGGAGCUCUGUUAUCAGGGGAAGAAGCUCAGAGGUUUUACCUGCAAGCUCACUCGUUCGGCUCAUGGUUUCUUGCCGGAGAGCUCAUAUAUCAUCGCUGCGCAGAUCCUACUGCCUUAUCUGCUGGGCGGACUGGGAAUGGUGGCAGCUGGUAUCAUCAUGGACAUUGUCCAACAUUGGGAUGUGUUUAAAGUGAUCACAGAGGUGUUCAUCCUGGUACCUGCUCUGGUCGGGCUCAAAGGAAACCUGGAGAUGACUCUAGCAUCUCGUCUUUCUACCGCCGCUAACACCGGACAGAUGGAUGACCCCAAACAGCAGUGGCUGAUGGUGACCUGUAAUCUUGCUCUCAUUCAGGUUCAGGCCACUGUGGUGGGCUUCCUGGCAGCUCUUGCGGCUGUAGGUCUCGGUGCUCUGUCCAGAGGUGGUGUCGAGCUGGACCAGGCGGCUGUGCUGUGUGCUAGCAGCGUUACCACAGCAUUUGUGGCAGCUCUGUCCUUAGGUCUGGUGAUGAUUGGUGUGAUCAUAGGCUCCAGGAAGGUGGGCAUCAACCCUGAUAAUGUGGCCACACCGAUAGCAGCCAGUCUGGGGGAUCUCAUCACUCUUUCUCUGUUGGCUGGAGUCAGCAGCACACUGUUUCAGUACAGAGAUGUGUGGUACUUGUCCCCGUUGGUGUGCGUCUUCUUCCUGCUGCUCAUUCCUCUCUGGGUGCUCAUCGCUAGACGGAGUCCACAGAUUAAAGAAGUCCUGAAGUCCGGCUGGCAGCCUGUCAUAGUGGCCAUGUCCAUCAGCAGUUUCGGAGGCCUUAUCCUUGAUAAGACUGUGAGCGAUCCUAACUUCGAGGGCAUGGCGGUCUUCACACCAGUCAUAAACGGUGUGGGGGGGAAUCUGGUGGCCAUCCAGGCCAGUCGCAUCUCCACCUACCUUCAUUUCUGGAGCGUACCUGGAGUCCUGCCGUAUAAGAUGAGACAGCACUGGCCCAACCCCUGUGCCACAUUCUUCUCCUCAGGUGUGAACUCGAAGUCGGCGCGGGUGCUGUUUCUCCUGGUGGUUCCAGGUCACCUGUUGUUUCUUUUUGCCAUUAAUAUGCUCCAAGGAGGUCACACUGCCAUCACGCCAGCGUUUAUCUGCUGCUACCUGUGUGCUGCUCUGCUUCAGGUUGGGAUCCUAAUUUAUACAGCAGACCUGAUUGUGCGUUUGAUGUGGAGGAAAGGUCUUGACCCAGAUAACUUCUCCAUCCCAUACCUGACUGCGCUGGGAGACUUGUUGGGCACAGGGUUCCUGGCCCUGUGUUUCCGUUUGGUCAUGGUAGUGGAGGGGCUCGGCUUGUAAAAUGCUAGACCUCCUCCUUCCCUUCAGCUCCCUGUUCACCGGACCUUUGCUGCUCAGGUUGGCUGCGGUGGCUUUGGAGAUUUGAACAUGACACUAAAAGACAGAAUAUCAGCCACAUUGUUUUUGUGCUUACAGGAUAGGUUGACUAGAAAAAUGAAAAACGCCGGCAGGUAUGGACUUAUUACCUGACAGUCUGUUAUAUGAUAUAUCUUGGUGUGUUGUCCUGUUGCCUCAGUGAUGCUGCUUUCAUACACACUAGUCACCUGAUUACUGUAUAUUAAGGUAUAACUUUAGGUGCAAGUGUUACAAAUUUUUAUGUGCCAUGUAUAAAUUGAAUUUGAAGUUUACAAGAUUUAAGACCUUGAAGGAUUCUGGGAUGUUGUUUUUUUUUUAAUAUUGUCUUUGAAUAUAUGAUUUUAAAGAAAACAGGAAAGUCUCAAACAUUGAAGGUCAUUUCUUUGCUGUUUUAGUAACUACAUACAAUGUCAUAAUUGCUGCUGGAUAUUUUUACUGGCUACUAUAUCUCAAAUACAGAAGGUCUAAAGCACCUUCUCAGUUUGUAAUUUUUUUUUUGCACCUGAAUUUUUUUUCCCUCAAAAUACCACACAUGGCUAAAUCUUAUAAUGAAUGUAAUUGUUUUUGUUCACUUGAAUUAAUUAAUGACAAUUAUAUUGUUCAUGUGGCAGUUUUAUUCAACACAUUUGUAAUAUCUUCACUCUGAAUUAUAAUUAACCUUAAUCACAAUUUUCUACAGUUGAGUGUUGUGGUCCCUAAAACAGUAAAAAAAACAAACAAACAAACAAA